AUGGUUGUGUUUAUAGACCAUUCGCUCGAAGGUGCUCCCCCAUGUGAACCCGCAGGCGGCUUUUUUCACGUACGGGACAUUCCACCGCCGUCAUUCGCCAAGGAUGGCCAAUUCAUGCCCGCGACAUCCUUGCCCCAAUUGCGAAUUGAUGAUCCAGCUACGAAAGCCGAAAUAGCUGAUAAGACAGAGCCCGAAGGGGGUAGAGACCCUUCACGCCUGAACGGUAUUAUAUCUAUGGCAUUGAGCUGCUACCCGAUAGUGACAAUGCUCGCCCGGUCUGUAGACCUAACCACACUACAUUCAUUGUCGAUGACAUGCCGUCAAGUCCACUCUACCCUCCUUAUCUUUCGAAAUCAACUGGUCAAGGAAACUCUGCGCUGUAGGAAUGAGAUUAUCGACAGCAUAAUAGGCCAGUCUUGCUCAGGGCCAUCUAAUAUAGAAUGGGGUGCUUUGCCUACAAGCCGAAAUGGCAGUCUGACUUGGGGUAAAGCGGGGCGUUGCGCUAGAGAUAUGGUUGACAAGUGUCAGCGUUGUGAUGAAUAUGUUUGUAGAAAUUGUACGGUCAAGCCUCCUUCAUUGGCAAACUUGAAAAAUCGCUUACGGCGUAUUUGCCGUGUCUGCAUUGAAGCGCCUUUAAGUGACCACAAAGACGGGCUUUCUGCAAUUGGAUUAACAUCCGGCCUGCAUAUAUGCGCCUGUGAUACCAAUUCUUGGUAUUGUCGUCCUUGUGGACAACAUUUGAGGUGUGAAGACGUCACCUACCAACGAGUCUGGUCAUGGCGCAGCAGAUACAAUGAGGUCCUAGGCGGUGGUGAUCACUGGGUUGGCUUCGGGGACUGCGGCCAAGGUGUGCAGUGUGGCCUCGAGCAAAGGUGUCUUGCGGCUGAGUACAUCGAGGUAGAGGUGGACUGUGAAGCUGGGGACUGGGUUUCAGAAUUCUCCCGUUCAGAUAAUUCCAAUGACAGCUCUAUCGAGCAUCCCCGUCAUUCCAGCUCGUUCUCGCAUUCGGAUGGCCGGGACGAUGAGGAACCAGGCUAUCUCCGGCAGGAGAUCGAGGGAAUCGGGGGCGUGGUCAAACAAAAAGUCAAGAAGCGAGUCCGUGUAGGAGCCAGUGUUGAGGAACGUGACGACGACCGCGAAACGGCAACUUAUCUGAAACAAGAAACCUCGGGCGCCGUGCGAAGUCGAUGCGGGUGGUGCUCUGGGAUCGUUCCAAGUAAUGUUGAAAAGGAGCAUAACUGA